AAGAAGAAGAAAACAAUGAAUUCUGGGUAAAUUGCAUGGCGUCGCCCCGUCAUUGCUCUGACAUUAGAAUGUGCCUGGUUGAACUACAUGUUAUUACACCGAGCUUUUUCUAACCGGUAUUUUUGCUGCAACUCUUUCUCCAGAGAUGAUCGAAAACACGGAGCAGAGCGGCGAGCCUCGCCAAUCGGUCACGCGGACCAUGAUCGCCGAAAUGUUGAUGAAGAAUUUCGAGAAGCUGCCGGAGGGUGAUCAGAAAUUCUUCACGUAUGCACCGCUGUACCUGGCAGGAAACGCCGGGCUCGCGGGCCUGAUCUCCAACAGCCUGUAUCGGAGGGUUCUGAACGUGCAGGAGGCCCGCUUGUCCUCCAGCCUGCCGAUGCUGGUGCUGCCCUUCCUGACCACCACCGCUAUGUACCAGGUGGUUAUCAGCAACCCGCUGCUGGCCGGAGACCUCAACUGUCCGAGCUGCUCAGUGAUCCGCGGCGCGCUCAUCGGAGUGGUCUUUGGUGGACUCUACCCCAUCGUCCUGGCUCUGCCUGCCAACCUCGGGCUCGCGGCCAGGUACAGCUCGGCCCCCCUGCCCCAGAAGGGCAACAUUAUGCGCUACUGCAUGGACGUCUCCAAACCGAUCUUCAGGAAAAUGAUGCCAGUCAUCGUCAUUCAGGCCGCCUUCGGGGGCUACAUGGGCUCCAGGCACUUUCAGAUUUACAUCAAGCUUGCACAGACAACCUCCAGCAAAGGGGAAGAGUUGGGAGAUUAAACUGAACUGAAAUCAAACAUGUUUUAAACUGAUGUGAAUCUGGUUUACCCACAGAUUGUUUGUUUUUGUUUUGAAAAAUUAAAAAAGAACUUUAAAUCUA